AUGGAUUUGGAUUACAUACCUGACAUGUUCAAUCAAGCACUGAUUAUCCUCGAAGAUAAAGUUCUGGAGAUGGCUGGCAAAGAUCUCAAGCAACUAGGCCUUCUCGCUCCUCAAAGAAAUCUCGGUGAUCGAAUGAGCAGAGAAAUGUUCAGAGAAACAAGCUACGGUGUGAACGAGUUGGAUAAAUAUGUGUCAGCAACUGAGCCAUUACUGGUGAUAGACCAGAGAGCUGCCUACAAUACCAUAUUAGACCUGGUGAAUAGGAAAAUCGGUGGAAUACUUUUUCUUGAUGCACCAGGUGGAACAGGAAGAACAUUUGUCAUCAACUUACUCCUAGCUAAAAUUCGACAGCAAUCGAAAAUCGCAAUUGCAGUGGCCUCUUCGGGAAUCGCUGCCACAUUGCUUCAUGGUGGUCGUACUGCUCACUCAACACUCAAGCUGCCUCUUAAUCUUUCACAUUGUGAAAGUCCUCUCUGCAACAUCAGCAAAGGAAUACGAGAAGCCAAGGUUCUGCAAGAGUGUGAACUUAUUGUGUGGGACGAGUGUACAAUGUCACACAGACAGGCAUUAGAGGCUUUGGAUCGAACUCUUCAAGAUCUUCGCGGCAAUGGGAAAUUUAUAGGUGGAGUUGUUGUGCUCCUAGCAGGUGAUUUUCGUCAAACGCUGCCUGUUAUUCCAAAGGGAACAAUGGCUGAUGAACUUAAAGCUUGCUUGAAAGCUUCAUAUCUCUGGAGACAUGUUCUCAAACUGGGACUCAAAACCAACAUGCGAGUUCACUUGUAA